AUGCGGGUGACAGCUGUGCCAGGGUGGUCAGUGCGGACGCGCGCCCCGCGGGAGCGGGCGAGGUCCCCUUGCUCCACCCUGCCCCACCCUACUCCUACUCCCUAUGAGAUAAGUGAUACCGGAGACCCUGCCAUUGUUCCCGUGGUUAUCACCCGGAAGUUGGGGGACUGCAGCCAACAAGGGGGGGCGGGUAAUGGGUUUCUUCAUCCCCACCAGGGCCAGGUCCAGGCCUUCCUCAACAUUCUGUAGGACAGCUUUUUCCAGGAGUUCCUCUCCAAAGACACCUGCUUCCAGAUUUCAGAUACAUUCCUCCUGGCUGUGGGGCUGGUCUCCUUCCGGUGUGCUAACCUGACGCUCUGUGAGCACAACCACAGCAGCCAUAGACUUGACCCUUGACCUCAUGCCCUUGUGUUCCUAGCAAAUGAGAUGGAGGAGGACUUGGAGAAACCUAAAUGCGAGAUUUUUUUCCCACGGGCCCUGGGGGAAGAUUGGCAUUCCCGGGUGGGGAAGUUCUAGGACUCAAGGGACAUACUGUGGGCACGAAUGGGCUUCUAAGCCAGCGCUGUGAGCGGGUGAGGCUGGGCUGCCAUCCCAACUCACUGUCCACUCUACUCCUCCCAGGUCAUGGCCAACAAGCCAACCCACUGGGCCUGGACUCGGAAGUGGUGUCCCCACCAUGGUGAAGUUCAGAGGGAUUGCUUAACCAUUACACCCCGGGACCCUGGCCAUUUACCCCCACACUGUGGCCUGUGUGGUUUGCCCCAGCACUCAGGUGUGACCUCCCACACCUCAUCCAGCUGCCCUUCCCUGAUCUCUGAGUGCCAUCCACCCUGCUGCCAAAAUUGCUUCUCAGUGGCCAAAAACCUCUGGGGUGAGGACUUCCUUGUUGUCUUGCCCCAGAUGCAGCUAGAGCUGGGCACCUACACCUUCCACAAUGAGCUGGAGACAGGAGCUGAGGAGGGUCGGCUUGGGGACCUGGGGGGAGAGCACCCUCUACCAGCAGGGACUGAUGGCCUCAAUCACGGGUCUCUGCUGCGCGAAGACCUGCAGAAUUUAACCAAGAGUGGCCACGAGAAUGCAGAAUGUAUCCUGGUUCAGGAAACCGCAAGAUGGGCUCCCACCAUUGCGUCUUUGCAUCCCAUUCGCUGCACGAACCGGGAAAUCAAGGCCGAGCACGGCCGGGACUUACCCAAGGUCACGCAGCGAGUCGGGGCCUAA